AUGGAGAUCAUUGUGCCAGGAGAUCAGAUCGGCUGUGUGCCCCUUGCACCCCCAGAUGUGCCCUUUGCAUCCCCAGGUGUGCCCUUUGCAUCCCCAGGUGUGCCCCUUGCACCCCCAGAUGUGCCCUUUGCAUCCCCAGGUGUGCCCUUUGCAUCCCCAGGUGUGCCCCUUGCACCCCCAGAUGUGCCCUUUGCAUCCCCAGGUGUGCCCUUUGCAUCCCCAGGUGUGCCCCUUGCACCCCCAGAUGUGCCCUUUGCAUCCCCAGGUGUGCCCUUUGCAUCCCCAGGUGUGCCCCUUGCACCCCCAGAUGUGCCCUUUGCAUCCCCAGGUGUGCCCUUUGCAUCCCCAGGUGUGCCCCUUGCACCCCCAGAUGUGCCCUUUGCAUCCCCAGGUGUGCCCUUUGCAUCCCCAGGUGUGCCCCUUGCACCCCCAGAUGUGCCCUUUGCAUCCCCAGAUGUGCCCUUUGCACCCCCAGGUGUGCAUUUUGCACGCCCAGAUGUGCCCUUUGCACCCCCAGAUGUGCCCUUUGCAUCCCCAGAUGUGCCCUUUGCACCCCCAGGUGUGCCCCUUGCACCCCCAGGGUAUCUGUGGAUCCAGAGGCUGAAUGAUCCCAAUGCCCUGGCUGUUCUCUGCGUGCCCAGGUGCUGGAGGAGCCAGGCUGGAGGCAGCUGCCCCUGCUCCCACCCCAGCAGGAUCCUGGCUGCUCCCAGUGUGUCCCAGUUUGCCAUCACGCUGUUUCCCUCCCAGCUGAGAUCCCAGGCUCCGGGCAGCGCCGAGGAGCUGCGCUGUCUGCAGAUGCUCAAUCAGCAGCCCGAGGGCUCCAGCCUGGAGGAGCUGAGCGGCAGCCAGGGCUGCCUCAAGCUGGCCAGCACCAUCAAAGCCUACGUGGCCCGGGUGACCGAGAACAUCAUCCGCAGGAAUGCUGUGAAGGAGGCCUGGCAGAGCUACUACAACACCUCCGAGGGGCAACUUCCUCCAAAAACAGCUGGGAAAGCCUCGGCACAUCUCACGCUGCGGCCACAGAGCCUGGCUGAGGAUGGACACCCGCCGCGCCCCGGGAACCUGUCGCAGUCGUGCCGCCACGCGCUGCGGCACUGGGGGCACGGCGGGCUGCGCUCCCACCUGCACAACAUGAGCUACGGCGCCGGCCGGCUGCGCGUGGAGCAGCCGGGCAAGUACUACGUCUAUUCCCAGAUCUAUUUCCGCUACCCCGGCGCCGGCGGCGACUCGGGGCAGCCGGCGCACGGGCCGCCGCUGCUGCUGCUCAAGGGCGUGGGCACCAAGUGCUGGGCGCCCGCGGCUCAGUACGGGCUGCACGCGCUCUACCAGGGCGGCCUCUUCGAGCUGCGGGCCGGCGACGAGCUCUUCGUGUCCGUCUCCUCGCUGGCCAUCGACCCCCACGACGCUGCGGCCACUUAUUUCGGGGCCUUUCGGCUGGAGCUGUGAGCCCCCAGCUGGCCCCGCGUGGCUCCUGUCGCUGUGCUGGCCCUCCCGCGGAGGGACGAGCCAGGAGGGACACGGGGGUGGCUGCUGCGCCCGGUGCCACCCUCGGCCACGAGGCAGCACCUGCAGGGGACAUGCACGUGCCAGCCCUGGGGACACAGCAGCUCCCUGCAGCAGGAAAGGCACCAGGGCCACAUCUCAAAGUGUCCCCACAGUGACACCCAUGAGCCUGACCCCCACCUGGGCGGGGCUGUGGUGCCAGGAUCUGGGGCUGGAAGCACCCCCGGGGCAGGGCUGGCACCUCUGGCACAGCAGUGACACCCCUGGGGCACACGGUGAGGGCAUGGGGCAGGUCCAGGGAGGGAGCGAAGGAGUUUCAGUUUGGGAGAUGAAAACCUGGGGCAGCACCAGGCCUGGCUGCAGGGAGGGCAAAGGGCAGGACAGUGAGGCCGCCAGUCCUGGCACCACAGCUGGCACGUGGCGCUGGGGCACGUGGGGACCAAACCAGGCUGCGCAGGAGCAGGAGCUCAGCACAGCUGCUGACCAAGCACCUCUUCCUGUGGGGUUUUGUCCCCCCCCAGUCUCAUGGACAGCACAGCCCCCUGCUCUGGGUGAGCCUGGUGGUGUCACAGCAGGACCUUGGAGGGACCAAACCAGCCCUGGGGUGAUGGAGGCCAAAGGUGGCUCCAGGCAGGGCCCAGCUGGCUCAGCCCAUGGGCACUGGGUGGGCACAGCCCCCUUUUCUAACUCCCCCUGUACUCUCUGUAUCCUGCUAAGCCUGGGGGGAUUUACAGACAGGUGUGGGCUCCCAGGGAGGAUGGAAUAAAUCCUUGUACUCCAGCACAGGUCUGGCCCUUGGCACCCAGGAUGGACCCAGAGCCAGAGCUGGGGGGGGACAAAAUCCAUUCCAAAAACCAUCCCCUUUCUUUCACCUCUCAUCCCCCCUCCUGCUGUCACCUUGGUGACCCACAACAGGGCUCUUGGCAUCCUCAAACACCCCUGAGAGCACUGAGCUGAUCCCACCCCUGGGGCAGCCAUGGGGAGCAGGGCUGAGCCAGCAGAGCUGCAGGAAAUGCAGCAGGUGGCUGCAAGAUUUCCUUUGGGAGGGAGCUGAAGGUGGACACAGGCAGUGGAGCCAGCAGAGGUUGUGUCUGCCAUGGAGGAAGCAGGGAAAGCAGAGAGCAGGAGAGCUGGGCUCAGUGCCCAGCUGAUUUCCUGGAAAGGAGAGGGCUCGUGGGUGGGUGCACGGGGAAAGGAGAGCUCCAGCAGCAUCAGGGCAAAGAGCAGCCUCGCCCUGUCUGAGAGGGCCCAGCUGGAAUUCCUGACUCUGAGGAACUGGCACAGGCUCCCCCAGCAGCCUCAGCCCCCCUGGACACCCCCAGCCUGGCCAGUGCUCCCACCUGGACAAGAGGAUCAGGAGGAGAAGCCAGCAGUGAAAA